GGAGACUGGGGCGGUGGAGCUUCACUUCUGUGGCAGGGAACACGCUUCCAUGUUCCACACAACAAUUCCCCAGAGGUAUCGUUUAGUCAGCUGUUGCCUGUGUUCACUUCGUGACAUGUUACACCAUGAAGGAUUCCAAUCUGUGAUUUAAAGCAACAGCUCAAGGAUGCUACGACCACCAGCAUCUGUGUUCAGAUGAUUCCAAAAGAGGCGGAAUCUGAACAAGCCAAGGCCGAGGUAUCUCACUGAGCUGCAAAACAGACAGCUCAGAAUUCCCCCACGCACCUGAUCCACAUCACAAUGCCUCUGCCUGGACCACUUGUGGUGUUGCUCCUGUGUUUGGGAAGCUGCCACGCUCACAGCUUGUUCACCUGCGAGCCAAUUCAUGUGCACCGAUGCUUUGGGUUGUCAUACAACAUGACUUACUUUCCAAACAUGAUGGAGCAUUAUGACCAGGAUAUCGCUGCCAGUCAUAUGGAGCCUUUCAUGCCUCUGGCCAAUCUCCGCUGUUCUCCAGACGUCCACAAGUUCCUAUGCCAGGCUUUCAUCCCUACGUGUGUUGAGGAGGAGAUAGUGAUCGCCCCGUGUCGGGAACAGUGUGAGAGGGUUCUGUUCGACUGCAAAGACAACAUCCAAAUCUUUGGUAUCACCUGGCCACCAGAGCUGCAGUGCGACAAGUUGCAGUCAUGCAGCUUGCACAAAGAUUUGGGCAUCUCUGUGACAACCACCUCCAGUCCGAUAUCAUCGAAGAGAGACCUGGGCUUCUGGUGUCCGCUUCAGUUGAAGACCAAACCGAACCAUGGCACCUCCUUCCUCGGUGCUCAGGACUGCGCUCCCCCUUGUUCCAAUAUGUACUUCAAGCCCCAUGACAUUGACUUUGCCAAAAGCUUCAUUGGCGUCUGCUCCAUCAUCUGCUUGGUUGCCACUCUCUUCACCUUCCUGACUUUCCUCAUUGAUGUCAAACGUUUCCGCUACCCGGAGCGACCCAUCAUAUUCUACGCUGUCUGCUACAGCUUUGUCUCGCUCAUAUACUUUAUUGGAUUCCUGCUGGGGAACAAUGCUGCCUGCAUGAAGGCCGACAGUGCUGCGGGCGUGGAUACAGUUGUGCUGGGGUCCCAGAGCAAAGGCUGCACUCUGCUCUUUAUGCUCCUCUACUUUUUCUCCAUCGCUGGUCUUGUCUGGUGGGUCAUCCUCACCAUCACUUGGUUCCUGGCAGCUGGACCUAAAUGGAGCUGCGAAGCUAUCGAGAAGAAAGCUGUGUGGUUCCACUCUGCCGCCUGGGGGAUCCCCGGGGCGUUGACUGUGAUGCUGCUGGCUCUGAACAAGGUGGAAGGUGACAACAUCAGUGGCGUGUGCUUCGUGGGACUGUACGACCUGGACGCCCUGCGCUUCUUUGUUCUGGCGCCAUCUUGUGUGGGUGUCGUCGUCGGCCUCUUCCUCAUCCUCGCUGGCAUCGUGUCUCUGAACCACGUCCGGCAGGUCAUUCAGCAUGAUGAGCGCAACCAGGAGAAGCUGAAGAAGUUCAUGAUCAGGAUCGGCGUGUUCAGCUGCCUUUACCUGGUCCCGCUGGUCACCCUGCUGGCCUGCUACACCUACGAGCAGAGUCACCGCAGCACCUGGGAGAACACGUGGAUCAACGAUCACUGUCAGGAGUACAGCAUCCCCUGCUCAGCUAAGACUAUAGAACCUGAGCGGCCUGAGCUCUCACUGUUUCUGGUCAAGUACUUGAUGACUCUGGUGGUGGGAAUCUCCGGAGUCUUCUGGGUGAGCAGCAAAAAGACCUGCUCCGAAUGGGCCUUCUUUUUCAACAGGACCCGCAAAAGAGAUCCCAUCAGCGAGAGCCGGCGUGUGCUGCAGGAAUCCUGCGAGUUCUUCCUUAAACACAACAGCCGCGUCCAGCACAAGAAGAAGCAUUACAAGCCCAGUUCGCACCAGCUCAAGGUCAUCUCCAAGUCCAUGGGCACCAGCACCGGCGCAGCCCCUGCCACCGUGAAUCAGGGUGCCCUAGCUCAAGGCAACCACACGCAGGGGUCAUUCGUCGAGACUUUACACAGAGACCAGCUUGAGAGGGCCGCAUCUGGACGCGGUUCACGGCGGGUGGAGAGAGAAGGGGGAGAAAGACGCAGCAGGGGGGGAUCCAGUAAAGUCAGCAGCCGCGCUGAGAGUUUACACAGAGUUGCAGAUGGAAGGGUGACUCCUAAGAAGGACCCAGUGGACCCCAGGCAGCUGCAUCCAGCUGUCAGCCCGUCACACAGCAGCAGCGUGCAAGACCAACCCUCCCAGCAGGUCCCCACGGCACCUGCGGAGAGCAAGGACUCACAGGAAAGCAAAUGACAACCGCGUCCACCACCAAAAAUGAUCAGUCUUCCAACCACUAUCAAGCCCCGGAGAAUCAGCUUUAUUGCCCCUGAAUGUGUUUACAGACAAACGUAGAUCCUGAAUGUCGGUGUACAGAAAAUGGACGUUACCUCACGUGUGAAAGUGUCAGUAUUCAGAUACACCAAACAGGUGAUUCACCACUUAACCAAUGAUGUUCAAUCUUAAAUCCCACUGUUUUGUAAACCGCAACUCAACCUGAGGAGACUUUUUUAAAGUAGCUAAUUAUUUAUGUAUAUUUUCUAUUCUUUGAUAGGAAAGGUCGCUACACUGACUAUGUUGUGUAUCCAAUGUGAUGAACUGAAUGUUUUUGUUUCCUGUGAAUGUGUCUUUUUUACUGAAGAUUUAAUCGUAGUCUUUUUUUUUCUAGUAUUUAAUCAAAAAACGUUCAGAUGUCCAAAAACAACCACUGAAGGCUAGGAUUUCAAUCACCCGCUGUGAGGUGCCAGUUGCUCAGCCUGGAGUUAUUACUAUUCAUUUACAGAUAACAUGGGGGAGGAUUCACUGUCAUAUGACCAUUUGUAUCAUGGAACACACAUUAUGGAAAAUAUCAAAUUUUAAUUCCACAUAACAGUGGAAAUGAUCAAUUUCAAUGGCAAAAGUAUAUAUAAAAAUGUAUAUUGACUUAAAUAACAGUAAGAUUUUAAGGAUAUAAAUCUAUAAUUCAUGUGAGAAAUCCAAAACGGAAAAUCCAUUACGAUUUUAAGAAUAAUAUCCGUCCGUUCUAAAGCAUUAAUAGUUCUGUCUGUUUUACAUAAUUGUUUUGAAAAGUGUGUUUCGGAGCGACAAUCCCCACACAUUUCUGUUAUUUAAGGUGGUGUAGAAAUAGAGCAAAUCUGAUGAAGAAAGGUUCUGAAAAUAUGAACCGGAGUCAUACCGCUGCUCAUGUGGCCGCAUUCUAGCUUCAUUUUUACCACUGUUCAUUCAUUUUCUGUGAUGUUACAGUAGUGUAGAACUGCAUUUGUCAGUUGUAUACUGCCAACCCACUGGAACUGUGUCACUCUGUUGCAACUUCCAUCUCAUAUUCAAAGUCAGUAUCUCCUGACAGCACAAGGCAAGUCCAAAUAAAAGUCCUGAAAUCUGAUGUGUGACUGUUGAAACAGCUUGCCUCAGACUCCACUCAUGCGCCUCCAGAACGGAUGCCGUCUACUUUAAUGUGUCUUUCAUGUGGCUAAUUGCACUCUCAGACUCUGCCAGACAAUCCGGUGACGCAAAUUAAAAGGGAAACCAUGUCAGUCCUGCUGUCUGCUUUGUAUAUCUGAAGACAUUAGUUACACUUCACUUCAAGCCUGAAUGUCUUGCAGGGUUUUUCCUUUUGGUUUCUCUAAUGUGCUGUCGUUUUUUGCAGAUACUGUGGAGAAGCUUUAUUAAUAGUGAAGUGCAGUAUAGGGACCAACCAUUCAGACGUGUGCAUAUGUUGAGAAUGCUGAGCCGCUCCUCUACAGCACAGCAUCAGGAGGCUGCUGUGUUUUAAAUUAAAAUGGAUUUAACGUUUAUGCUGCUCUGAAAUGUUUCCUGCACCUCAAGAGUGAUUGUGUAGAAGCGCCCAGAAUGAGCUAAAUAUAGGACUCGUUUCAUACACUUUUAAGCCAAGUAAAUGCUGCUAUUGCUUGUCUGACUGAGGUUAACCUACGGGACUCCUGACUUCUGUGACGGAAAUAUGAAGCUUAUUCUUCUCUCGCUUCUUUUUGAUCCCUGAAGACACAUUGACUUGGGAGAGCUGCUGUUGUAUCUGUGCUGUGAAGUGGGAGUGAAAUAAACGUCUACAUUAUUGUGUGAGAAUGUAGGUGCUUUCAACUCCCCCUGAGCACCUUCUGAAAGUGGAACUGAGUUCCAUGCCUUUUGUGGUCAUCUUGGAUGUGGUGUUUCAGGCCUGCCCGACUGGGUGGACUCAGGACAGAACAUGUCUUUGACACUUCCUGCCCUGGACUCGCCCACUAGACUAGUCUCCUGCUGGUACCCUGUUUUGUUUGCACUGUCAGGUUGAAGAGGUUUCAUAAAACAGUGUCCCCAUUUUCAGAGGCCACUAGAUGGUGCUGUCAGCUGUGUAGUCUUUGGCUAACUGUUUCAAUGAAACCACAUACAGUAAUUGUCAAAGCAACAGCGCCACCUACUAGCUACUUUUAUGCAGUUAGUGAGAGACCAACUAUAUGAAGAGGCACUAAG